AUGCCGCCGAAGCGCUCCAUCGGAGGGAGUGGUGACGCCGGGGCUAGUGAAGCACCCGCACAGCGCGUGAAGCUGGCCACAGAGGUUUCUGUCGCCGCCGACGAGGUCUCGCGCGGGCAAUUGGUAUGCACACAGAUGAGGCUCCGACCAGCGCCGGCGCCGGAUGUAGAUCUUGGACCCGGCUAUGCGGCCAGAAACGCCCCUGGACCUGAGGAACCAGUAGAAUCUCCGGCGGACCGCAUCAGGGAUCUCUCGGACGGGAUCCAUGGGGAGAUCAUCUCCCUUCUCCCCACCAAGGAUGGCUGGCGCACACAAGUCCUUACAUCUCGGUGGCGCACUCUAUGGCGCACCGCGCCUCUUAAUCUCGACUGUUGUCAACUAUCUGUCGAUGAUGAUUCUAAACUCCCCGGAGCCAUCAUAUCCUCCCACGAGGGCUCCGUUCAAUGCAUCUGCAUCUCGGCAUGCUACCUGCUGGACAUACCCUGCAUGGUGGCCGCCUGGCUGACAUCCCGUCAAUUCGAUAAACUCCAGCAGCUUGAGUUCUACCAUGACUAUGUGUGUAACAUACCACGAACCGAUGUAUCUAUGCCCUCACCACCGAUGUCCAUCACAUGGUUUUCCUCCUAUCUCCACAUCGCCACCUUUGCCGGUGCCAUCCAGCAGACAAUCUGGUACAAAUGCUUCGACUCCCACUGCUAA